GUCAUACAAACCCAACAACCAGAAGAAGAACAAGCUUAAAUUCUCUUCCAUGAAAGCUCUCUCUCUCUCUCGCCCUUUUCCUUGCUCCUCCGAUGCCACCAAGCUCUCCUCCCGGCCGCCACCACCGCCGCCGGGUGGCUGUUCAUUCAAGGUUGAAUCCAUCAGGAGUAGCAGAAUCAUCAAAUGCAAUGCUAUUUCUAAGCCUCCAACUCAAGAGUACAGCGAUGUGCUUCAAAGCGGCGUGCCAGUUAUAAAGUGGCAGCAGUUUGUGGAAGAUGACAUAGAAUCAGAAACUACCGCACACGUGUUGAUUUCUAAAGAGAUAGAGGAGAGAGUGAACCGGAUAAAGUCAAUGCUGAGCUCGAUGGACGACGGUGACAUAAGCAUCUCGGCUUAUGACACGGCCUGGGUGGCGCUAAUACCGAGAGUUCUUGAUGGUGUUAAGACUCCGUUGUUCCCUUCUUCGCUUGAAUGGAUAGCACAGAAUCAACUCCCUGAUGGGUCGUGGGGCGACAGUGGAAUAUUCUCAGCUCAUGAUCGAAUUCUCAGUACCUUGGCUUGUGUUUUGGCGUUGAAUUCAUGGAAGCUCCACCCUGACAAGUCUGAGAAAGGCAUGGUUUUCUUAAACAAAAACAUUUCCAAGCUGGAAGAUGAGAACGCCGAGCACAUGCUGAUUGGGUUUGAGGUUGCCUUCCCGUCGUUGAUGGAGUUUGCUAAAAGGUUGAACCUCCAAGUCCCCACGGACUCGCCGGUGCUGCAAGAGAUUAACCACAGAAGGAGCAUAAAGUUAACAAGGAUACCAAAGGAAAUAAUGCAUAAAGUGCCCACUACGUUAUUGCAUAGUUUGGAAGGGAUGGAAGGCAUGGAGGGUUUGGAUUGGGGAAUGCUUCUGAAAUUGCAGGCUCCAGAUGGGUCUUUCUUGAAAUCUCCUGCUUCCACUGCCUUUGCAUUCAUGAAAACCAAUAACUCAAAUUGCUUCAAAUAUUUGGAAUCGGUUGUCAGCCGCUUUAAUGGCGGAGUACCCAAUGUGUACCCCGUGGAUUUGUUCGAACAUAUUUGGGCUGUGGAUAGAUUACAACGACUUGGGGUUUCAAGAUUUUUUCACCCAGAAAUCGUUGAGUCUGUGGAUUAUUUGCGGAGACAUUGGACUGAUAAAGGGAUAUGUUGGGCAAGAGAUGUGGAGUUUUAUGAUAUCGACGACACCGCCAUGGGAUUCAAACUUCUCCGGCUGUUCGGCCACGAAGUUUCUGCAGAGGUGUUCAAGAAUUUCGAGAAAGAUGGGGAGUUUGUGUGCAUAGCGGGGCAAUCGACGCAGGCGGUGACCGGGAUGUUCAACCUGUACCGGGCUUCCGAUCAGGUAAUGUUCCCGGGGGAGAAAAUUCUGGAGGAUGCAAAGCAAUUUUCCUACAAAUUCCUCAGAGAGAAACAGGCUGCUGAUGAGCUUUUGGACAAGUGGAUCAUCACCAAGGACUUGCCUGGAGAGGUUGGUUAUGCUCUUGAUGUUCCAUGGUUUGCGAGUUUACCUCGGGUCGAGACUCGUUACUUCAUAGAACAGUAUGGUGGGGAAAAUGAUAUUUGGAUAGGCAAAACUCUCUACAGGAUGUUCAAGGUAAACAAUGACACAUACUUGGAGCUUGCAAAAUUGGACUACAACAAAUGCCAACUAUUGCAUCAGAAUGAGUGGGUUGAUAUUCAAAAAUGGUACACAGAGAACAAUCUGAGAGAUUAUGGAAUGAGAAGAACCAGCCUUUUGUUCUCAUAUUUUGGUGCAGCGUGUAGCAUUUUCGAACCAGAGAGGGCUAAGGAGAGGCUUGCAUGGACCAAAACGGCUGCGUUGGUCGGAGCCAUUGAGUCCCAUUUCAAGGACGCCAAUGCUGACCAACGACGAGCCUUCAUCCAACAAUUCAUAAACUUCGAUGCAAUAGAUCAAGCCUACGAUACUAAUGCGUGGAGGGCAGGCAAUGUGCAGCAAAAGGGAGGAGGACAAGGACUAGUUGGGAUUUUGCUUCGAACUCUAACGAGUAUCUCGUUGGAUAUAUUGGUGUCGCAUGGUUUCGACAUCACCCACCAUUUGCAUCAAGCUUGGGAGAAAUGGCUGUUUAAGUGGCAAGAAGAUGGAGAUGUGCACAAGGAAGAGGCAGAGUUAUUGGUGGGAACAAUAAUUCUCAACUCAGGCUGUUCAACUUUGGAGGAUCUGUUGUCCAAUCCUCAAUAUCAGAAGCUUUCCUACCUCACAAACAAAGUGUGCCAUCAACUAGGUCACUUUAAAAAGCACAAGGUAACGAACGGUGGGAUUUAUAAGGAGAAAACAGAGAACAAAAUGCCCCCAGAGAUAGAAGAAGACAUGAGGAAACUUAUGCAGAUGGUGAUCCAAAACUCCUCAGAUGGCAAUGACAUUGACUCACCAAUCAAGAACACAUUUCUAACGGUAGCAAAAAGUUCGUACUAUGCAGCCUAUUUCGAUCCUUGGACUAUCAACUACCACAUUGCCAAGGUCCUAUUUGAAAGAGUCUUCUAAUCCUAGCUAGCUAGCCACACAGCACAGCCAUGUUGUAUUGUCAAUUUUUGUAUAUCCUUCACCACAUGGAAUACAAAAACUUUGGUCUGCGUUUUGUUUGUCAAUGAAAAACAUCAUCUUUGAAAACCCAAAUCAUAGCCGCUUUGACAGCAAUUUAAUGUGAGACAACUCGAUCGAUGGAUAUA